AUGAUGGAACUGCUGGUGGGAGCUUGGGCAGGACUGGGGCCAAAUGUGGGGGUGGUGGCGGUGAUGGUGCUGCUGGUGGGAGUUGGGGCAGGACUGAGGGCAGAGGUGGGGGUGAGGGUGGUUCUGGUAGUGGGAAUUGGAGUGGGGGCAGACGAGGGUGUGGGUGUGGGAGUGAGGGUGGUGGAGGUGGAAUUACUGAUGGAAGUUGGAGCACAGGGUGCAGGCGUGGGGAUGGUGGUGGUGGGAGAUGGGGCAGCAGUGGGGGCAACUAUGGGGGUGAGGGUGGUGCUGGUGGUGGGAGACGGGACAGCAGUGGGGGCAAACUUGGGGGUGACAUUGGUGCUGGUGGUGGGAGAUGGGACAGCAGUGGGGGCAAAUGUGGGGGUGACGGUGGUGCUGGUGGUCGGAGUUGGAGCAGGAGAGGGGGCAGAGGUGGGUAAGGGUGUGGGGCUAAGGGUGCAGAAUGGGGUGGAGGUGGUAACGGCUGUGGUGGUGAGGAGGAGUAGGAAGGAGAAGAGGUAUUUGGCCAUCGAGAGAGAGUUUCUUGAUUUUCUUGAACUCGGCUGGCUUCAAUUUUGA